AUGAAGCAAGGAAAUAGGACAGUCGAUGAGUUCUACAAGGAUUUGGAGGUGACUUUAAUGCGGGCUGAUGUUCGAGAGAGUCAACAAGCCACGGUAUCGAGGAUCUUGACGGGGCUGAAUCGAGACAUUGUUGACAAAGUGGGAUUGUAUCGUUUUGAUGAUAUUGAUAAAUUGGUGGAACAUGCUAUUACUAUUGAGAAGCAAUUGAAGCGUAAGGGCAAACAGAAAACAUUUGGUACGAAGCCCUUCACACCAAAUUAUACCAAGAAGGAUAACAAAACCCAAGUGGCCCAAGGAUUUGGUAAAGGAAAAUGUAUUAUCAAGGAUGACACGUCACGGAACAAGCAUGUUGGAGCUGAUCCGGAGAAGCCGAGGAAUUGA